GUCAACGGAAUCGAAGGAAACGAAGAUAGAGAGUAGCAAUGGUAUGGACAUUGUGCAUCAAAUUGUCUGCAUAAUUAAUAAUGUUUAAUUGCAGCCGCCCAAGAAGAAGCUAUCGAAGAAGGAGAAGGCGCGUCUGGAGGCCGAACAGGCUGAAAUGCUGCGCAUUGAAAUGGAAAAGGAAAAACUCAAAAAGCUCGAGGAAGCGCGUCAGCGCAAAAAGCUUGAAAUGGAGCAGGCCAAGCACCGUCAACAGCAGGAGGUCGCCGAGAAUCGUUUACGCCGUGCUCAGCUCAAGGAUAGCAUGCACUUCUUCCAUGCCGUCCACAUGGCCAUCGAGGCCAUCAAGACGGGCGAACGACAUCAGCGCGACUGGGAAAAGUUUAUGCGCUGCAAUGGUUUACCCAAUGCCGCCAGUCCCAGCGAUUUACGCAAGUACAUACAUCAAUGGUAUGCGGACAUAGCAAAGCGACAGCUGGAAGCCCGCAAUUGGCUGCUGCGCACCGAUGAGCGAACGCUGCUCACGCAGGACUCACAAGUGCCCGAUCUGACGCGCGUCUCGCUGCGACAGCAACAGGGCAGUCUGGGUGAUGUCUAUGCUCAGCGCAUUAAGGAAGUGCUAGGGAUACUCAACGAACUGGAUGAAUCGUUGCUAUUUAGCAAAGAGCAUACAGCGCAUAUAGCUGCCGAUUUGCUAAAGCUAAAGACCGAGAUGCGUGUAUUUCUCAAAGAGCAUCUGGAUGAGUUUACCUACAAAACAAUGUCGCAUAUUGAACGCGAUAUGGAAAUAGACAGACCAGGCGUAUCGAAACAUAUUUAUAGCUCCGAUGUGUUUCAAAGUUUCAUAUGGACUUUUUCCAAGGAUGCGCAAAUCGCAGUCAAUCCCAAGGCACGCAUAGGCGAACCCACAGCGCAUAAUGAAAUCGACUUUCCCAUUAUCGAAAUGAACAUUUCAUUGCCACCCACAGUGCAAUUGCAAAGUUCAGCGCUGCGUGGCCUAUGGCUAAACUACGAUCACUUUAGCGACUACUGCAGCAGCUUUCAAAUCAAGCAUUCACGCUCAGCAAAUGCGACAAUCUUACGGCAAACGAAACGCGAGUGGCGCAAACGCAAGGAGAUACUACAGUCUAUGCUAGACGAAUGCGCACGCGAGAUACCGCUAUCGGAGCUGGAGCAGCUAACGCAGGAGCAGCAUUCGGCCAGUUCGCAGCCCACACGUGAGCGCAGCUACGAUGUGGACAAGCUCUACGCUCAAUACGAAGAUGAGCUCAACAAGGCGCGUCGUCGUGCCAUCGGACCCGAGGCUUAUGGCAUGCUAGAGACAGAUGUCAAUCUUCGCAAAUAUCGCAUCAUUGGCGGUGUCUAUGGCAUUGACUUUUUGGAAACGCCACAGCAGGAUAAACAGCUCAAUGCGCGCUCGUUCAUCCGCACGAUUGCAGCUGCCAAUAGUCUGGUGCACAAGGAGUACUACCAGACGUAUAAGCCCCCACCGCCGGUGCUGCCCGGCGUGCGACGCUUGCCGGAGGAAAUCGAAGCGGAAAUGCGCAUGAUUGAGGCGGCAUUGGAUAAACUAGCGCUGGUCACACUACAACUACCCGACUCGGUUAUUUGGUUUGAACCACCCGUCGCCUGUCGCUGGGAGACGCACGUGGAGACAUUCGAAAUGGAGCUGGCUGAUGGCGUUAAGCCGGCGACGGAGCCGGAGCAAAGUGCAGCAAGCAAUGCGGCGGCAACAACAGCAACGCCCACAGAGGCAACGCCCCUCUCGACCAAUGCACAGCCAAGUCCAUUGAAGAGUUCGCCGCGUGCCAAGCCGCGACAGCAAAAGAGCGAGCUGAGCACAUUGCAAACGCUGCGAGAAGUGGGAGAUUUCGAUUUGCGAGCCAUACCCAGCGAUGUGGACUUGUAUGGACUGGUCAAGGACUUUGUAGUGCCGCGACUGCCGCAAGGAUUUUGCGUGCGACUGGAGCAGCAAACGCCGCAGAUGGACAGCAAUGGACAAAGAGAGCGACAGGUGAUGUUUCUGGCGCGACAGCCGCAUGUGCGUUUGGGCGUCGCAGCAGCAGCAACUGAAGCAACAACAAUUGACGCAGAGGCAGCUGCGCCAGCUGCUGUGGCAGGCAUUGAUGCUGAAUUUUUGAAUACACUGGAGCCAGCUGAGCUGUUUCCGCCGCUCUGCUUUGAUAAGCUGCUCAAGUUUCGACAGCUGACGCCUGUGGCGCCACGCAGUGGCAAUUGCUAUUUGUUCUCGCAGCUUAUAGAGGACAUGGAUCGCUUGUGGCGUCUGCAGCUGCCACGUGAGCAGCACGAGGAGCUAAUACAGCAAAUUUCAGAGCAAAUGUCGCCAAGCGGCGGCGGCUCCCAGGCGGACGAGACGGAGCAGCUAACGGAGGAGCUGCCAGCGCUAAGUCAAGAGCUCGUCGAUGUCUUGCAACCAGCGGCAGCUGCUGCUGCUUUUGCUUACUACACGAGCAUUUCAUUUGUGCGCGACUCGCAGCUGCCGGCGCAAGCGACAACUGAGUCGCCGCCCAAGUCCAGUCACAGCCAAGACAGCAGUGAUACGGAGGAGGAAGAGGAUGAGGAUAGUUUGUUGGCUCUGUUGGAGUGCGAAACGGCAGCGCAGCCGCCCGAUAAUCUGCAGCAGCUGCUCAGUCGAAAUAGUCAAAGCGACAAUAGCGACAGCGAAGCUCGCCGCCUCAAGCUCAGCAGCACCGCUGCCAUCACUCAAGGCAAGUGGAGCACACGUGAUGUUCAUGACACCAAAUUCAAUGAGGACAAGCUCUCAAUUCAGUUCCGCACUGGACGCUUGGGUAUUUUUGGCUUCGCUUUAAAUAAAUACAGCAACAUGCCAUAUCAGACGUGGGAUCUGCGACCGGAUAUGAAAAAUCCAGGCACAAUACUCUUCAGCUUUACUGCCUCGUUAAUUAGCCUGGACAUGACCAUUACGGAGGGCGGUUAUACCGUUAACAAUUUUCAAGGCGGCAGCACACAAGGCAUAACCGAAAUGAUUGGCAAGACAAUGUCACUGCAGGAGCUGAAGGCAACGCUUAUACUCUCCGCCGUAGACAUAUUUCCCGACGAGGAUGCCUUCUGCUAUACGGAGGGCUCCUGCGAGAAGAACUAUGUGAUGGAGCUGCACACAUAUGCGUGCAUUUCAACGCUGGCGCUGUCGCACAACUUUAGCUGGUCGCGCUGGAAUCUUCUGGCCGGCUCGAGAACCGCCGUGCUGCUCAUACGUGAACUGCUGGAGGGCAAGAAGGUGCCAUAUUACUCAACGCUCUUGGUUACACCACUGAAGACCUCGAUUAUCGACUGCACUGAGGUGUCGGCGAGUUUUAAUGCCGUCGGCAUUGCUGGCAUGGAAUACUAUGCGGAUCUCUAUCAACUCUCGCAGGCUCAUGCCCAGCCCGUGAGUCUGGAGAAGCAGCGCACCAUGAGUCCCAUUUUGAGAGACAAUGUGGCUGGCAUUCUGAUGGCCAUAAGACCCUUGAGCCUGUGCUGA